AUGGGGGUCCUCCAACUUCUACCCCGAGGACUCCAGGUUUUCAGGGGAAGACUGUGGCUCUCUUCAGGGCAGGACUGGAGAGAAAGGGACAGUGGUCUGAGUCAGUCUUUACUGGUUCGUCAUGAAGCUGGGGACGGCCACGGUGUGGAACUGGAGAAGCUGCUGGAGGAGUGUAGGACAUCACUGGGUAUCACUGGCAGUCCUGAUGGGGCCACGAACACAGCAGAGAUACUGAAGCAUCUACUGACAGAAGUGAAGACUUUGAAGAAUACUUUGCAGACGGAGCGUGGGGAAUGGCUACAGUUCCAGGCCGACCUCCAGGUGGCGGUGUCAGUGGCAGACCGUCUGAGAGCCGAGGCAGAAGAGGAGCUGACGGCGCUUCGAACGGCGCACAAGGAUGUCGAGAGGGAGCUGGCUGCCGCCCAGCAGAGGCAGAAGGAGGCUGAUAUGCAGCUGGUCACCCUGAGAGGGGAGUUAAAGGAGAGCAGGCAGAGGCUGGCGACUCUCACCCAGGCUCAAGGCAAAACUGAUGCUCAGGCUCCGUGUCAGGAACCAGAGAGGCCCAACGCAGAACCAACCAACGCUUCUGACAGCAAAGAAGGGACCCAGAGGGGCGUGGAUAGGGCGGCGCACCGGCUGGGGCGAGAAGCGAUGGAGACUAGGAGUGAGAAUGACGUGACGAAGACUGUUGCCAGCGAGGAGGCGAGAACAGGCUGUAAGGGUGUGGCUAAACGUUACCUGAGAAACGUAACCAAUGAGGACAGGUGCGGAGAGGAGGCGCGAUCCACUGAGACACGAAGGACGGUAACCACAGAGAGGUCAAGAAGCCUGUCCAGAUUACCUGCCUCUUCAGACUCCCUCACCGUGCAGAAUGGAACCUCGCAGUCCAACACUGCCACAACGGUCGGACCCACAAACAAGAACUUAGGGCAACUAAGAGGCCGAAGAAGUCUGGACUGGCAAGACAGCAGGUCAAACACUGAUAUAGGAAAACGUGAGGAAUCUCUAAACAAGUACAACUCUGCCCUCACGGAGUUACCUCCCACCAAGUCCCAGGAUGGUUUCAACCCGCUGCUGCGUCGCCAUGGAGGCUCCAAGAGAAACUCGCUUCUCCGCUGGUGUCAGAUCCGAACACAAGGCUAUAAGAAUAUUGACAUCACCAACUUCAGCAGCAGCUGGGCUGAUGGUCUCGCCUUCUGUGCUGUCUACCACACCUACCUCCCCUCACACAUCCCUUACAGCACUCUUACUCCAGAGAACAAGAAGGAGAAUCUCAGUCUGGCAUUCAAAACAGGAGAGACUGUUGGGAUUUCACAAACCUUGACAGUGGAGGAGAUGCUGAGAGCAGGUGGUCCUGACUGGCAAAGGGUCCUGAGCUACGUGGAGAGCGUGUACCGUCACUUUGAGAUGUGACUGCUGCAGGAACUGACAGACAAUCCCGUACUGGAUCCUUAAGGACUCAUCAAAGGAAACAUGAUGACAGCUCCCUGAAUACUAAACCACGCCUUUGGUAGGUGUCGGGAAACUGGAGAAACUGUUUUUCUGUCUUCUGUUUUCUGGCAAAAAAAAAAAAAAGAGACAUUAAUUACUUUUCUUGCUGUUUAAGUGCCGGAUAUCUUAGAAACAAUAACAGUGACAAAAAGCCAUCAUUACCAGAAGACAUAAACUCUGCUGUUUUCUGGUCUUUUCCAUUAACUUUUAAUGUGACGUUACAGCUCAGGCAGCAAAAGGAGUUGUGGAAAACUGUAGCACAUUGGACAUACUUAACAUAUUUACUGAAUAAUUGUGUUUACUUACCAUCAAAUUUUCACAGCUAAGCAGGUGUGUUGGUAACGCUGGACGAAAAUCUUUGUUUAGUCCUUUUG